AUGACGUCCAACACUACAACCAAAGUCACCUCCUUGGAUUCGCAAUCCGAUGGCCCGUCAGUGCCACACCCGACGCCGGCGACUGAACCUAUAGGUAGUCCUUACGAGCCUGUCGAUCCUCCUCCGGAGAUGGACUACACGGCUGUCGCCAAGAUCCUUGCUCCUAUUCAGGAAUCACUCAACGAGGCCGCUAUGGAGGCAGCUUUCCCAUCCCCACCUAUCAACACGCCUGUAUACGGCUCUCCGGCUCCAUCCAUAGCGUACCGUUACCCAUUGACACGCGGUCGCGGCUUCAGUUUGAUUGGCGAUAGACUCGUGCAGCUGAAGCUCAAUGACCGCAAGCUCCGCAACCGCGAAGGAGACGUGGGCUCGAGCAACUACUCGCCCGAAGCAUCUGUCGCCGAGGAUGAAGAAGCCGAUAUUGCGAGCAUCUCCGAGGUACUGAGUGACAGUGGUAGGGACAAGCAAGGUUCCGGGCAAAUUCGUAAGAAUCUUGGUCCCAUCGAUGUGAAUGAGGACUCAGUACCUAUUGCUCUAGGCUCCCCCGCCGUGAACCCGCGCAUCGUCGAGUACCUGACUUUCACCUCUGAUGACCUGCCCACGAACUCGGUCGCCCCUUGCUUUCCCUCUACGCUCGUGAAGACGAGCACCGGGUCCCUCAAGACUGUCAUUGAAGGAAGCGACCAGGCUAGCGAAAAGAGCAACGGUGUCACUGAAAAGAGCAACUGGGCUGAAGAGGUCGAAGAGGCUGUCGAUCGUACUUGUCUCCGCCUUGAGCAGCUGGCUGACGACGAGUGGAAGAAGGACAGCAGUAAGACCUUCGCCGAAUACUAUGUCGCUCGCCUCGAGCGCCUGCUCGGCAGCAACAAGCGGGUCGUUCCUGUCAGCAUCAAGAAGAGCCAGGAUGCAAGCGAGUAG